AGAACAGCUGUGGUGUGUGUAAAACAAAUAAAAAUAAAAAUAUAAAUAAUAAUUUUUUAAAAGUAGUAUUUUCCUUUAAACGACAAAGAAAAUAAGUUGAAAAAUAAAGAGAUCCAUUAUUAUGGUUAUUAUGGAGCAAGAGACCUAUUACAAUCAAGACAAAUUUCAGGAAUUAUGGCUAAAAAUAGACAAACUGCAUCUAAGCUAUUUAGAAAUGGACGAGAGCCCUGACAAAAUUAGACACCGGGAAAAACUUGAAGACUGUAUUGCUGACUUCCUAAUAACAGCCCAACACAGGGACAAGUUUGUCUUUACCGAAACCGAAGAUGUCCUUUACAGAUCGGCAGCAUUUAAAAAGGACUUUAGCGGCUACAAAGCAGCCACUGGUUGGAACGCUUUGCAAAUGUACGCUGCCAAUCUGUUAACACAGCCUUGGAGAAAAGAGUAUAGACAUGUAAAGACCUACUGUGGUUUCUACAAACACCAAAUUGAAGCCAAUCUAAUUGGAGCUGAGACAAUGUUUGGAAUGAUGGGUUACAAACAUGUUGGGAAUGGUGUUUUAGUGCUGGAAGGCCCCAUUUGUCCUGACAGAGUGUCCAAUGUGUCUAGAGAUUGUUUGGUUGCUUAUAUGGAGUGCCAAAUUCUGAAGCACAUUUGGGAAGACAUAUCACCACUAUUCACCAUAAGUUGGCUGGACGUGCUAGAAAAUCGUGUUUACUGUCCCGGCACCAUCGAACAGUGCGUAGAAAACAUCAAACACAAAUUUACCACCAAACAAUUCCCACCGGUACGCACCCCCAGGAUGGAACCUUAUGAAAAUCGAUUUGCAACUAAUAAUCAGCCACCCGGCAAUUACAUGAACCAUCACAAUCACGCGCCACCUCAGUAUUGCCUACAGCCACCUCACACCAAUGGUUGCCCCAAUAAUUACGCCACAUACGGCUACUCGGUGCCUCAGAUGAAACCCAUACUAACACCAAACGGGUAUUUUUACCCAACUAUGCCCGUGGCUUAUCCAGUACCCACUGGACAAUUGAUUGAGCUAGAAAGUCGAAACGGUUCUACUUAUGAUGUGGUAGAUGAGGCAACCCCAUCUAGAAGUAGAAGGUCAAGGUUGAGUUCUAAUGAGGCUGAAGAGUUGAGUAAGAAUGGGGUGCAAGAGAAUAAUAAGUUGGAAACUGAUGAGGAUUGGGAUUAUGUUUAUAGGAAUUUGGAAAGGAAAGGUUAUACCAAGGAUUUAGGCGAAAGGGGUGACUUACUGGGAUUGUCUGUAAGUGACAAGCAGCGCAAACAAAGUAAAGAACCGAAAAAAGUAAAAUCCACUAAUUUAGACGAGGCAAUGAACUCAUUUUCAAUCAACGAGAGGCCUAUGAAAAUGACUGAAGCUUUGGAACAAUUGGACAAGAAAGUAUCAAUCGAAAAGUCUCAAGCUCAAGCCAAAGAACGACGACACUCACAAGGAAGUUCUUAUGAAAAUGUUACGUCGAAUGAGGCAGUUAAAGGGAAACCACAAAAUGCUCCAAUUACAGUACAGCCUAAACUUUCGCCCAAAGAAAUAAUUUACAAAAUAGAAUCUCCAGUCAAUACUGAAUUAAAGAAAGUUAAAGAAAAGGAGAAAAUUGCUCUUGCAGCUUCCCUAUCUUCGUCAAAGUGGCAAUGCAAGUCGUGUACCUACUUAAAUGACGGUGCCAAAGAAAUUUGUGAAAUGUGCAGCAAAAGCAGACACAUGGGACAGGAACAACCGAUGGAAGUGGGCGGUCCGGAAUGCUCAAAGUGCACCCUCGUCAAUCCGAGAACAGCGAAAACUUGCCAGGCGUGUAAUAGCAGUUUGAAAAAUUCACCUACUUACAUUUGAGUUGUGCAUAAGUGUUUCAAGCCUCGGAUAAAAAAGAAAAUGCACAACAGUUUUUAGAUGGAGUGUUUAUUGCCUAGCACAAAUAAUUAUGGUUAAAAUUAUUAUUUAUUAUUGUUUGCCGUGUCACAGAGUAUUAUUAUAGUCAUUACUUUUUUUUUCCUGAAGUUCAAAACUUGU